AUGGUCGCCGAGAAACCAUCUUCGCUCGCCUCGAGCAAUGGAACCGGCGUCGAAGCCAAGUCGAUCCAGGUCCAGUCUCGCAAGCGCGUCGCAGAAGCCAUUGCUGAACAAGAAUGGCCCAAGAAGCCCCGCAUCGACGCCAAAACCGAUCGCACGAGAUGGCGCAUGAAGGAUGAGGACGGCCGACACACCUGGAAGUACCUGGGCGCCGACGAUGAAGCUGCAAAGAACUGGCCCCAGACCUACGCCGACAAGUACUACCUGGGCCUUCCCCUGGACCUCCCGAUUCUCCCUGAACCCGCGAACCCUCUCGAUGCGACGCUCAAUGGCCUGGAGUUUAUGGAGAAGCUCCAACUCCCCUUCGGCGACUGGGGGUGCGAGUACGGCGGACCCAUGUUCCUCCUCCCGAGUGCCGUCAUCGCUUGGUAUGUCACCAAGACGCCCAUCUCGUCGGCUUUUGCUACCGAGAUCAAGAACUACCUCUUUGCACGAGCCCACCCUGAGCUGGGCGGCUGGGGUCUCCAUACCGAAGGUCUCAGCACCGUCUUCGGCACCUCCCUGAACUAUACGACCCUGCGACUCGUCGGUGUCGACGCCGACGAGCCCGUCAUGGUCAAGGCCAGAGCGAGACUCCACGAGCUCGGGGGCGCCACCCAGGGGCCUCACUGGUCCAAGUGGUGGCUCGCCGUCUUGGGCGUCGUAGACUGGGACAUUGUCAACCCGGUCCCCCCUGAGAUUUGGCUGCUGCCCAAAUGGGUGCCGAUUCACCCUGAGCGAUGGUGGGUUCACAUCCGUCAGGUGUUCUUGCCCAUGUCCUACGUCUACUCGAGGCGCUGGACAUGCGAGGAGACGGACGUGAUCCGGUCGCUCAAAAAGGAGAUGUUUCCUGAGAACUGGGCUUCCAUCAACUGGAAGGCCCACCGCAACAGCAUCGCGCCGGGCGACAACUACCACCCCAAAUCAUGGCUCCUCAACACGGCCAACUGGUUCCUCGUGAACAUUUGGAACCCUUACCUGCGAACAGAGUCUAUCAAGGAGAAGGCCGAGGCGUGGACCAGCGAGUUGGUGGACAUGGAGGAUGCCAACACGGACUAUCUGGGGUUGGCGCCCGUCAACGGCCCCAUGAACCACAUCGUCUGCUACAUCCGUGACGGGCCCGGUGCCUAUACCGUCCGCCGGCACGCCGACAGGAUCAUGGAUUCGCUGUGGGUCAAUGCCGAGGGCAUGCUUGGCAACGGCACGAACGGUGUCCAAUGCUGGGAUACCGCCUUCAUGAUUCAGUCCGUCGUUGCGGCUGGCCUUGAGACGGACGACCGAUGGCGCCCAAUGCUCGAAAAGGCGCUCGGGUUUCUCGACAGGCAGCAGAUCCGCGAGGAUUGCAAGGACUCGGAGAAGUGCUAUCGCCAGCAGCGCCGAGGCGGUUGGCCAUUCAGCAACCGAGAGCAGGGCUACGCCGUGAGUGACUGCAUCUCCGAGGCUCUGAAGGCCGUCAUCCUGCUGCAGAAGACGCAGGGAUACCCCCAACUCCUCGAGGAUCAGCGCAUCUUCGACUCCAUCGACUCCAUCCUGCUGUACCAGAACGAGACCGGAGGUGUGGGCUCCUACGAGAAACGACGCGGCGGCGAGUACAUGGAAAUGCUCAACGCUGCCGAGGUCUUUGGCCGCAUCAUGAUCGAGUACGACUACCCAGAGUGCACGACUGCCUGCGUCACGGCCCUGUCUCUCUUCCAGAAGCACUGGCCCGACUACCGGCAGGACGACAUCCGCAUCUUCAUCAAGCGUGCCGUGAACUGGAUCCGAUCCCACCAGAACAUAGAUGGCUCGUGGUAUGGCAGCUGGGGUAUCUGCUUCACGUAUGCCGGCAUGUUUGCGCUCGAGAGCUUGGCGAGUGUGGGAGACUUCUACGAUACCAGCAAGGUCUCCAAGAGAGGGUGCGAAUUCUUCAUCUCCAAGCAGAGAGAAGAUGGCGGCUGGUCCGAAAGCUACAAGGCAUGCGAGACGAUGGAGUACCACGAGCACCCCCGAGGAUCUUUGGUGGUGCAAACCGCGUGGGCCCUCAUCGGCCUCAUGGAGGCAAAUUACCCCUACAAGGAACCUCUCCGCAAGGGCAUCCAGUUUCUCAUGGAUCGCCAGCAGGCCAAUGGCGAGUGGCUGCAGGAGACCAUGGAAGGCGUCUUCAACAAGAGCUGCACCAUUGCGUACCCCAACUACAAAUUCUCCUUUCCCAUCAAGGCGCUCGGCAUGUUUGCCCGCAAGUACCCCGACGAGAAAAUCACCCCUGGCAUCAGCGAGAAGGGAGACAUAUGA